UCUAUCUCUUGGAGUAAUCAGCAGAUAACAAUGACUUCACCAAAUAAAGCACUAGAGCUACAGCUUCAAAUGAAGCAAAAUGCUGAAGAGCUGCAUGAUUUUGUGAGAGAAUUAGAAAGCUGGGAAAAAGAUAUCAAGCAGAUGGAUUCUGAAUUGAGGAAACAGAGUGGUGCCACAGAAGAGAAUUUACCACCAAUUCGAAAUGAGGCAUAUAGGAAAAAGAAGAACAAAGCUAGAACACCUUCUAAGAGAACUACAGAGGAAAACAAAAAAAACAAGAUCAAAUCUUAUGACUAUGAAGCAUGGGGAAAACUUGAUGUGGACAAAAUACUUGAAGAACUUGACAAAGAAGAUAGUACUCAUGAUUCGUUAUCUCCAGAAUCGGACUCGGAAGAAGAUGGAAUUCAUAUAGAUGAAGAAAAAGCUCUUGCUGAGAAAGAAAAGGGCAAUGUGUACUUUAAACAAGGAAAGUAUGAUGAAGCAAUAAAAUGUUACACAAAGGGGAUGAAUGCUGAUCCAUACAAUCCAGUCCUACCCACAAACAGAGCAUCUGCUUUCUUUAGAAUGAAGAAGUUUUCUGUUGCUGAAUCUGACUGCAAUUUAGCACUUGCGCUAAAUAAGAAUUAUACAAAGGCAUAUGCCAGGAGAGGAGCUGCUCGCUUUGCUUUGCAAAAUUUUGAGGGGGCCAAAGAAGAUUAUGAAAAGGUUUUAGAACUGGAUCCAAAUAACUUUGAAGCAAAAAAUGAACUCCAGAAAAUAGAUCAGGCUCUAACAUCAAAAGAUAAUUCACAACAAAAAGAAACAGAUGAAGUUGGAAAGAAGCCUGAAUUAACAGAUGAAGAAAAGAAGCAAAUUGAAGAACAGCAGCUCAAGCAGAAAGCUAUUGCAGAGAAAGACUUGGGAAAUGGAUAUUUCAAAGAAGGAAAAUAUGAAGCAGCAAUAGAAUGUUAUACACGUGGCAUAGCAGCAGAUGGCACCAAUGCACUUCUGCCAGCUAACAGAGCUAUGGCCUAUCUCAAGAUUCAGAAAUAUGAAGAGGCAGAAGCAGACUGCACACAAGCUGUGCUACUAGAUGUUUCCUAUUCUAAAGCUUUUGCCAGAAGAGGUACUGCCAGAGCAGCAUUAGGAAAACUAAAAGAAGCUAUGCAAGAUUUUGAAACAGUUUUGAAGCUGGAACCUGGCAACAAACAAGCAACGAAUGAACUAACCAAAAUACAGAACGAAUUAGCUGAGAAAGGUCUGUGGAUUUACCAGGAAUGUCCUGAACGAUCAGCAGAAGAAGCAGAAAUAAGAAACCUAGUGCUACCCAUUGAUAAACCCUUGCAUCUUAGGUCAACUAAACCUUUGAGAAGAAUAUUCAUUGAAGAAGUUGGUGAUGAGAUGCAGAAUAUUGAUUUGCCUAACCCUAGUACUCUAGCCAAUAAUUGGAUUAAUUCUACAAACAUCGAAACAACAAAGAAUCAAAGUCAAAAUGACCUCUUAACCUCAUCUGAUACUCCAAAAGCAAAACAAUUGAAAAUAGAAGAAAUCAGUGAUAGACCAGCCUGUCAAGUUCCUACCAAUAUGAAAGAUAUGUCAUCAGCUACACCUCAGUUCUCCAGUCUGAAAAAUCAUCUAGACAAAGAAAAUAAAAUAUCACUUCCCGUGUCUACAUCUGAUGUCCCUGCAAUCCCUGCAAAUUCAUUCCAGCUUGAAUCUGAUUUCAGAAAAUUGAAAGGCUGCCCAGAUAAGAUGUACAUGUACCUAAAGCAAAUAGAGCCUUCGCUUUACCCUAAGCUGUUCCAAAAAUCCUUAGAUCCAGAUGUCUUUAACCAGAUUUUGAAAAUUCUGCAAGACUUUUACAUUGAGAAAGAGAAACCAACGCUUAUCCUUGAAAUUCUCCAGAAGCUAUCUGAAAUAAAAAGAUUUGAUAUGGCAGUGAUGUUUAUGUCAGAUUUGGAGAAAAAAACUGCACAUGCAUUGUUCAGUUACGUGAACCAAUCAGGAUUGGAGAACAAUACUGUUGAAGAGCUGAAGAAGAAAUACGGUGUUCAGUAUUAAUGAGAUUAUUGAUGUUACAUAUUUUAUAUAUGUGAAGUAGUCUGAUUCUGCACCUAUUCUCUGAGCAACUUAUCCUGAAGUCAGUGGAAGAAUUACAUCCAUAAAGUUGCAUUUAUAUAGGUAAUGAAAUCCUUAUAACAGACAUAACCAAACGGCAAGUGCCUAGAAAGAAUAAUGGCUUAUGUACCAAUUCUUCAGUUGUGUCCAUUAUUUCAGCGCCCUUUUGUUUCCAGUGUGACCCCUUUCCCCCCCAGGCCUACGUGCCCACUUGAGCAGAAUGAACUAUAGGAUUAGGGCAAUAGACUCUGGGUUAUUCAGAAAUAAAAUUAAUUAUUUAUAAACUGUGAGUUUUGGUAAGAAUGAUUAACUUGAUGAUUACAAGAUCAGCAUGAGUUUUAUUUUGGGAAAUAAACUGAACAGUGUUUAAUUCAAAAUACCAAAAUUGGCUGGUAUAACGUAUUUUAACAUAAAAUGUACUACUUAACUUACAUUUCUCAGAUUAGCUAAAUUUAGCUUUAAAUAGAUGCUAUGCGGGACAAUAUGAAAACUUCAGCUGAUGCUCAGCAAACUUGAGGUCUUAUUGUCAAUAAAUUCCAAAUGUCUUUUGCUGACUUCUGGGCACUGACAGCUGAACUGCCCCAGUGAACCUCAACCUCUGCAGCAGUACAAAAGGAAGCUCUAUUAAGUGACGAGAUACCAAACAAUAAAAGGUUUAAAAAUAUUCACUAAGACCCUAAAUUGCACCUGUGGCUGAAUGAAAAUAUAUAAAAUGUGAAUAUAUAUCAUACUGUACGGAGGGCACAAUUCUUAACAUAGUUCUAUCAAUCCAUCCCCUUUACAAGUUGGGCCAGUAGUUCUGCAGCUGAAGCUUUGGGGUGCUUCUUAUGGGCUGUUUUAAGCAGAAUAAUAAUGCAGCAUGGAGAGGACAAAGGAAUAGAGUAAUGGUAAUACACACAUCUGUGAGGAAAUGUCAGAUAGCAAAGGCACUACAAGCAGAACCUCCUAUCUGCGUAACCAAACGACGAAAAAAUGUAUUACAGCCUUAGCAUGGAGAGAGAUAGUAGAAAACAGCUGCACUAAAUUCCCAUUUUCAUGUUCUGGCAUAGUUUUGGAAGUGUGACCAACACUUACUAACAUUCUUUCUAAGCCGGUUUGCUCUCCCCUUGGCUAUCCUUGGUUAAGCAAUAACAAAGUGGAGUCAGAAGAAUUGUUAUUCAUUGAAAGAAUAUAUUGAUCACUUUGUUCAGCAAUGCCAUUUCAUGGAGGGGUUAAUGCUUUGCCCAUAAUCAUACAGAAGACUUAUAACAUUCACAGAAAGAAUUCAAACUUCUUUCUGACUUAGAGAGGAUAAUUGGCUGGUUAAAUCUGGAAGUCCUGAGUGGUCCUAAACUCUUAAGGUUUUUUCAGCACUUUAGUGGUAACUGAUUACAAUUGUUAAAUUAUUUAGUUUUUAAUUCUCCAAGUUGGAUAUAAUCUAAAGAAAAAAUAUAUGCAAGGCAACCUUCUUGUUCAGUGUUUGUACAGCUAUAAUAUAAUGAGGCCCUACUGGGGCUCCUAGGCAUUAUGAUAAAAAUAAAUAAUUCAUAACAGUUGGACCAGCUCCUCAGUUGUGCCCAGGCAGUGCCUGAUGCUGCUGGGAGGGACAAGGGAGAACAAAGGUAACAAUGUCCCACCACUUUACCUGGAGCUAAUCCAGCCAAUAUUGUCAUUAGGGAAAUGUCAGGAUCUUAUUUCAGAGCUAAUGAACCUUUACAGAGGAAAUCCUACUUGUAGCCUCUCUACCACCUUAAUUCUGCUCCCUAUUGUAUGUAUAUGUUAUGAGUAAGUUAAAUGAUUGCAUAGCAUUUUUUUUCUGCAGUACCUCCCAGUCUCAAUCAAUGCAGAAAAGUUUGUGUGUGCUUCCUGAAUGGAUAACUAUGCAGUAUUUCUUUUUAUCCUUGUUUUCUGAGUAGCCCUCAUAUUUGUCACACUUUCAAAGGGACCUGUGCUUUUGAAAAUCACACCCUUUAUUCUAAGGGCCGCAUUCAGGUUGCACAGACAAACUUAAUUCUGGUAGUUUCUAUCUUUUGAGUGCUUGAUUUUUCAGUCUGUGGUGUUUUUAAAUAACUUUGUAAAAAUCUAGAACAGCUAACAAACCAAUAAAACUUAAGUAGAACAAGAUGGACAUAGCCAAA